CAGCCGGUAAUAAUCACUUUUGUGAAGAAUACAUUUACUGAAGGUAUUGAUAAUAGUUUUUACUAGAUGCUUUUUCCUCAGCAUAGACAUUACAGCCUGCUCUGAAUACAGUAUGUCCCAACAGGUCCAACCAGUCAGAAAUGUUUAUAUUUAAUAAAAUAUCCCAAUUUGGAUAAAAGACUGGAUUAAAAAACAUUUAAACACUGAAUGAUGUGUAACUUUGUUUUUAGAGCAUCAUACUAACUAAUCCUGCUAUUGUGUAUCAUGGAGAUUGUACUAUUAGAAGCUUUGCUGUAAUUCACAACCUACUGACAUUGUUGACAAUGUGCAGAAAACAUAAAAGCAAGCACCUCUGACUCCUCACGCACUGCCUCCACCAUGAACACAACCUCACCCCCACUCACAACCAGCACAACAACAGUAACAGAGAUGAACAUAACAGGCUUUCCUCCAAGCACCACCGAGCAUCAACACCAAUCACACACAACUUCGAAUGAACGAGAGAAUUACACGACAGGCUUACCUACAAGCACCCCCUUGCAUCAACACCAAUCACAAACCACCUUGAAAGAACGAGUAACAGACAUUUACACGACAGGCUUACCCACAAUCACCACCGAGCAUCAACACCAAUCACACACAACUUUGAAUACAACAGUAGCAGACAAUAACACAACAACCUUGCUCCCAAACACCACCAAGCAUCAACACUCACAUGCAACCGUAACCAUGACUACAGCAGAAAUCGUAAGUGCAAGCACCUCUGACUCCGUACGCACUUCCUCCACCAUGAACACAACCUCACCCCCACUCACAACCAGCACAACAACAGAGACAUCCCCCAAGUGCAGCUACACCCUCGAAGAAGAAAACGAUACUGUGAAAGUGAAAAUUGACAAGAAUGACUCAGCAGACAAAUACAAGAUUAACUUCACAGACACAUCAGAUGGAAGCAGUACAAAAACAUGGCCAGAAGAGUCUUUCCCAAUAUCACUUAAAUCAUUUAAGCCUUGCCAAAAUUACACUGUCACUCUUACUCCUUCCUGUAAACCCACGACUGGAUUUUUUAAAACAAGCGAAUUAGUUGACUCCGAUGUAAGCCACACGUUGAAGAUAACUGGGGCAAAAGUACAAGUGUGUUUUGAGACCAAAUGGGAUUUGAGUAAAUGUAUUGAUCUCGAUACCAGUAUCUCCUGCACUGGCUAUAGCGUGACUUUCAACGGAGAUCCCUGCAAGAAAUCUAUCCCUUUCACACUUCCCCCAGUAAAGCCUGUUAUUAAUUAUACAAACAAGUUCCCUACGAAAUUACGUUGGGACAAUCAGCCUUCAAACUGCCUAAAAGACCUCACAUACAACUGCAAUGGUUUGGCAGUUGCAGAUUUUGAAGAUUUGAAACCUUUUCAUGAUUAUGCAUGCACUGGGACAUAUGAUUAUGAGAAUGGAACAAUUACAAGUGAUCCCAUCCCAGUUAAGAUUGAUUGUGGUAAGCAGGGUCACACAAAGACAAGUUCUAAUUCUUCCACGCAAUCAACACCUGCAGUCACCCCACCAGUUUUCCUAGCUUCCACUCAAGGUGUUACAGAUGACAAAAAUGGAUCAGAAAACAUGAAAGCAAGCACCUCUGACUCCUCACGCACUUCCUCCACCAUGAACACAACCUCACCCCCACUCACAACCAGCACAACAACAGACAAUGACGACACAGGCACACCCACACGCACCUCCAGCCAUUCAGACAUAACUCCAGCUGGAGCAGAGAAUUACACAACAGGCUUACCCACAAUCACCACCGAGCAUCAACACCAAUCACACACAACAUUGAAUACAACAGUAGCAGACAAUAACACAACAACCUUGCUCCCAAACACCACCAAGCAUCAACACUCACAUGCAACCGUAACCAUGACUACAGCAGAAAUCGUAAGCGCAAGCACCUCUGACUCCUCACGCAACUCCUCCACCAUGAACACAACCCCACCCCCACUCACAACCAGCACAACAACAGAGACAUCCCCCAAGUGCAACUACACCCUCGAAGAAGAAAACGAUACUGUGACAGUGAAAAUUAACAAGAAUGACUCAGCAGACAAAUACAAGAUUAAAUUCACAGACACAUCAGAUGGAAGCACUAUAGAAGAGUCUUUCCCAAUAUCACUUAAAUCAUUUAAGCCUUGCCAAAAUUACAAUGUCACUUUUGAUCCUCCCUGUAACCCCAUGACUGGAUUUUUUAAAACAAGAGAAUUAGUUGACUCAGAUGUAAGCCACACGUUGAACAUAACUGGGGCAAAAGUACAAGUGUGUUUUGAGACCAAAUGGAAUUUGAGUGAAUGUGUUGAUCUCAAUACCAGUGACUCCUGCACUGGCUAUAGCGUGACUUUUAAAGGAGAUCCCUGCAAGAAAUCUAUCCCUUUCACAAUUCCCCCAGUAAAGCCUGUUAUUAAUUAUACAAACAAGUUCCCUACGAAAUUACGUUGGGACAAUCAGCCUUCAAACUGCCGAAAAGACCUCACAUACAACUGCAAUGGUUUGACAGUUGCAGAUUUUGAAGAUUUGAAACCUUUUCAUGAUUAUGCAUGCACUGGGACAUAUGAUUAUGAGAGUGGAACAAUUACAAGUGAUCCCAUCCCAGUUAAGAUUGAUUGUGAUAUAGUGAAUGAGCCCAGUCUCUCUGUAAGUCAUAAUAGCAUUCAUGCAUCCUGGAAAUUGGAUAGGCAGAACUGUCCAUCGAUCACCACAGACUUCACCUGGGAUGUAACGUGCAAAGAACAUGGUUCCACCAGAUAUUUAAAAGGGCACUGUACUAAGAACUCCUGUGAAUUUUCUAAGUUGGAAUUUUUUACUGAAUAUACUUGUGAGUUUGAAGCGGCCUAUGAAAAGAAACCAUUUCACAUCACUACCAAAACUACAAAAACCUGGCCUGGAGGUGCUGCAGAUGGCAAAACUGGACAAGUCCAGUUUUGCAUGUCAUCCUCUUCAACGCACAAAAGGACAUCAUCGUUGACACAGAACUGAAAUUUCAUUGUGGCAUCCAAGCCAAGUCAGCAACAUGGCAGCAGGUACCUCUGCAUGUUUCUGAUUUGAGGUUACUGUCCUCAACAAUCUGUGCAGUAUUUACAUUUACAUUUUAUGUUAUCGUUUGUUGUUCUGCUCAUCCCUGAUGUUUUAUUUUUUUGUUUUUGUAAAUAUAAUGGUCAUGCUUUAAAACUAAUCAAUGACUAUGAUGUGUUCUUCAUUGGUUUGAAUGUCCCUAAACACAUCAUUAGUUCAUAUCAAUGUAAUCAAUAACCCAGGUAUUACGACAUGAUUAUCCAUGUACUUUUGUACAUGAAUUACCCCAAUACUCAAACUCUGGUGAUAUGAGAUGCAGGGUUUGAGCCAAAUACCAAUUGAGGAUGAUUUUAUUGUCCUUGUAUCAAAAUUACGGUUUGAACUGACCCAUAUUAGGAGCAGUUACAAAGCACUUUGAGGUCAUAUCAAGUCUUCACAGAGUGGCAGAUGAUUCUUCUACUCUGUGGCAGAGUCACAUAAGGUCUUACAAAAAAGGUGAGACUUUCUUGCAUGUUUUGCACAAAUGCAAAAUGCUAUUAAGUAUGAGUUUAAAAAAUAGAAUCUGCUUCAACAUUAUUCAAAUGACUGUGUUAAGACUAUCAACCCUAAACUCUCCAACUUUGAAAAUGAUACAUCAACUUGUUCCAAUUUCCCCUCUGCCAACACUGGUUUCAAAUUUAGUAACAUAGCAGCAGGGAAAGUUCCAAAGUCCAUUGUUCAGUUUGACCAAGGUGUUAAGGCUCAUUAGCAUCUGUAUAGGUUGAAUGCAGGCCCAUAUGUCACUUGUGUAUGUCAUCCUCCAAAACUGCUGCUUCUUAAUUCAGUCCAGUUUUUUUUUCAGUGUUUAACCAUGAAAUCUUAUCCAUCUUUCUGUUUCUGCAUGUUUCUGAUUUGAGGUUACUGGUCUCACCAACCUGUGCAGUAUUUACACUGUUAUAGUUUGUUGUUCUGCGCAUUCCUGGUCCUUUUUAUUUUUGGCAAAUAAAAUGAUCAUGC